AUGGCCAUGCGGGUGGACGUGUGCCUGUGCAUGUCUCUGUGUUUGUCGCUCAUAUCGGCGCGGCCUUUCAUGUCCACCAUCAACGGCUUCCUCUGCCUGCUAGGGGCCUCGCGCGCCGCCUGCCUCUUCAUUGACCCUUACAACGUGAAGGAGGUAAGGCCGCCGCCCGGCGCUGCCCACAGCCCUGACCCGCGCCGCCUUCCACACAUCGAUCAGCCGAGCCACAUAGCACCGCCCCUUGGCCGAGUCCCCCCUACUCUCAAUCUCCUCACUGCGAUUCCCUCCGACUUCUUCACUUAA